UUGAACAGUUUUACCCGAUCGCCGAUUGCUGUUAGUGUUAACCCCUAACACGAAACUCUCCCUCUCUCUCUCGAUUCCGCGCCCUCCACUCAGCCCCACCCGAAAGAGGAAGCGGCGACGGGGCUCCGGCGAUUUCCGCCUCCGGCCAAGUAGACGAUUUCCCGUCAGACGGCGUCAGAGCCAGUUGCCCUCCUCUGCCACUGGUGACUGGCUUACUUUGCCAGAUAAGGAGAAAAGGGAGCAAUGAAGCUGGACGUGAACGUUCUAAGGUACCUUUCCAAGGACGACUUCCGGGUCCUUACCGCCGUCGAGAUGGGCAUGAGGAAUCACGAGAUUGUACCCGCUGAGCUCAUCGACCGAAUUGCUUCUCUCAAACACGGAGGCACAUACAAAGUGUUAAGAAAUUUGCUCAAGCAUAAGCUGGUGCAUCACGACUCUUCCAAAUACGAUGGUUUUCGCCUGACCUACCUUGGCUAUGACUUCCUUGCGAUCAAAGCUCUCGUCAAUCGUGGAGUAUUUGCUGCCGUCGGAAGACAGAUAGGCGUAGGAAAAGAGUCAGACAUAUUCGAGGUUCAAACAGAAGAUGGGAAGGUUUUGGCUAUAAAGCUGCACAGACUGGGUAGAGUUUCCUUCAGAGCUGUGAAAUCCAAGCGUGACUAUUUGCUGCAUCGCAGUAGCUACAAUUGGCUCUACCUCUCAAGACUUGCGGCCUUCAAAGAAUUUGUUUUCAUGAAGGCAUUACAGAAACAUGAAUUCCCUGUUCCAGAAGCGGUGGACUGCAACAGACACUGUGUUGUUAUGUCCUUAGUAUCUGGAUAUCCACUUGUCCAAGUAAAGCAGCUGCAAAAUCCAGAGAACGUUUUUGAUACGAUUGUCGGUCUUGUGGUUCGUUUAGCAGAGCAUGGGUUGAUACAUUGUGACUUUAACGAGUUUAAUAUAAUGAUUGAUGACAAUGAAAAAGUAACCAUGAUAGACUUCCCUCAAAUGGUCUCUGUUUCUCAUGAAAAUGCCCAAAUGUACUUUGAUCGUGACGUUGAUUGCAUUCAUAAAUUUUUCAGUAAAAGGUUCCAUCUUUCCUUGGAAGAGACGGAAGAUAAUCAACUUGAUAACUCUGAGGUAGAUGCAUGUGAAAGUGGAAGACCCUGCUUUUCUUCAAUAGCUAAGGAGGCUGGUUUUUUGGACAAGGAGUUAGCUGCUAGUGGGUUUGCGAAGAAAGACCAGGAUGAGAUUGAAAAGUUCAUCCUAGAUGUGAUUGAAAAUCCAGAUGACUCACGGUCUGAGGAUGAGACUGAAGAUGAUGUAUCCAUUAAAGAUGAACAAAUUGAUUCUCUUGUUGAAUCUUCACAUUCAUUGCAUUUGACAGCUGAGUUGAAUGAAACCUCUCAUCAUAAUGAUGAUUUUGAAGACAAGGAUAAUUCUGUGGACUGUGAUUCUGCUCAAGGCCAAGCCUUGGGGUCUGCGCUCGUGAAGGAGAAGGAUGAAGUGGUUGAUGGUGAUGAUGAUGAUGAUGAUAAUGAGGCUAUCACAGCAAAACUGAACAAGCAGAGAAGACGAGCUGUAGCAGCUGCUCGUCGUGGUGGGAAAUCUCUUUCUUCUAGAAAUAUGUACAAAGAUAAGGGGGGCAAGAGCUCCCACAACUCUAAAGUGCAAAAGACGACAAAGUUUUGGUGAUCACUGCCCAACAAUUUCUGGUUGAUAAAGGUUUCAGCAGUUUUGCAGUCAGGUUUAGGCCAACCAAUGUGAUGGAAAACAUCUGAGAGAUUGAAGGUAUUCCCUAGAACGCAUGUAGGGGUAGAGGAAAGUGAUAGGCGGCCUCCAUAUGAAGUCCUGGCGACAUAUUUUGUUCUAUUUACUGAUUAUGUUAUCUCUUGUAUAUACGUCCCAAUUAAGUUUGAGGAUUUGUACGUGCAUGAAGAGAUUGAGGUAUCAUUCUUUCCCGGCGUUUUGAUUUAUAAGUUGUUUGAAAUUUUAUUAAUUGAAAUUUUGGAAAUGUAAUACCUUGGUAA